AUGCGUGAAGUCAUCUCCAUCCACCUCGGCCAGGGCGGCAUCCAGGCUGGUAACGCCUGCUGGGAGCUCUACUGCCUCGAGCACGGCAUCCAGCCCGACGGCCAAAUGCCCAGCGACAAGACCAUCGGCGGCGGAGACGACGCCUUCAACACCUUCUUCUCCGAGACCGGCGCCGGCAAGCACGUGCCUCGCGCCGUGCUCGUCGACCUGGAGCCCAGCGUCUGCGACGAAGUGCGCACCGGCACGUACCGCCAGCUCUACCACCCGGAGCAGAUCAUCUCCGGCAAGGAGGACGCCGCCAACAACUACGCGCGUGGCCACUAUACCAUCGGCAAGGAGAUCGUCGACCUGGUGCUCGACCGCAUCCGUAAGCUGGCCGAUAACUGCACGGGUCUGCAGGGUUUCCUGGUCUUCAACGCCGUGGGCGGCGGCACCGGCUCGGGUCUGGGUGCUCUGCUGCUCGAGCGUCUGUCCGUCGACUACGGCCGCAAGAGUAAGCUCGGCUUCACCAUCUACCCGUCGCCGCAGGUGUCGACGGCCGUCGUGGAGCCGUACAACUCGGUGCUGUCCACGCACUCGCUGCUGGAGCACACUGAUGUCGCCGUGAUGCUGGACAACGAGGCCAUCUACGACAUUUGCCGCCGCUCGCUGGACAUCGAGCGCCCGACGUACACGAACCUGAACCGCCUGAUCGCGCAGGUGAUCUCGUCGCUGACGGCGUCGCUGCGCUUCGACGGUGCGCUGAACGUCGAUGUGACCGAGUUCCAAACGAACCUGGUGCCGUACCCGCGCAUCCACUUCAUGCUGAGCUCGUACGCGCCCGUGAUCUCGGCCGAGAAGGCGUACCACGAGCAGCUGUCGGUGGCCGAGAUCACCAACAGCGCGUUCGAGCCGGCGUCCAUGAUGGCCAAGUGCGACCCUCGCCACGGCAAGUACAUGGCGGCGUGUCUGAUGUACCGCGGCGACGUCGUCCCCAAGGACGUGAACGCGGCCGUGGCCACCAUCAAGACGAAGCGCACGAUCCAGUUCGUGGACUGGUGUCCGACGGGCUUCAAGUGCGGCAUCAACUACCAGCCGCCGACGGUGGUGCCUGGCGGUGAUCUGGCCCGCGUGCAGCGCGCCGUGUGCAUGAUCUCCAACACGAGCGCCAUCGCCGAGGUGUUCUCGCGCAUCGACCACAAGUUCGACCUGAUGUACGCCAAGCGUGCGUUCGUGCACUGGUACGUCGGUGAGGGUAUGGAGGAAGGUGAGUUCUCGGAGGCUCGUGAGGAUCUUGCGGCUCUGGAGAAGGACUACGAGGAGGUGUCGGCCGAGACCGCUGAGGGCGAGGGCGAGGAGGAGGAGCUCGGCGAAGAGUACUAG